AUGGACGGCGGCUACAACAACUACAGCAGCACCUACAGCGGCGGUGGUGGCGGCGGCGGCGGCUUCAUGCCGGGCGAGAUGAACAACAGCCCAUCCGGAGGAAAGUCCGACUACACCAACUCCACCCUCCGCCCCAUAACCAUCAAACAAGCUCUGGACGCAGUUCAGCCAUACCCGGAAGCGCCCUACCAAAUCGACUCCGCCGAAAUCUCCAGCAUCUGCUUCAUCGGACAAGUACGCAACAUCAGCUCGCAAAGCACAAACGUCACAUACAAGAUCGACGACGGCACAGGCGAGAUCGAAGCCAAGCAAUGGAUCGACUCCAUGACGGCCGACUCCAUGGACACGGACGACAUCAACAAUACUAAGGCCGCCACCGGCAGGAGAGACGGUAAGGUAGAGUUGAACGGGUACGCGAAGGUGUUCGGAAAGUUGAAGUCGUUUGGGAAUAAGAGGUUUGUGGGUGCGCAUUGCGUCCGCCCUGUUAAGAGUCUGGAUGAGGUGCAUUGUCAUUUGUUGGAGGCGAGUGCUGUGCAUUUGUUUUUCACGAGGGGGCCGCCUGGGGGUGGUGCCUCUGGUGCUGGGGGAGUGGGUGAUGUGGGUGCUAAGGGGGAUGCGGCAAUGGGAGGUACAGGGGAUGACUACGGGGCUGGAAAGAAUCUGCCUGCUAUGAGUCCUGUUGCGAAGAGAGUGUAUCAAUUGCUUAGGACGGAGCCGCAGAGCAAUGAGGGGUUGCAUGCGCAGUUGAUUGCGGCGAAGCUGAGUUUGCCGAUGCCGGAUGUGGCCAGGGCGGGAGAUGAGUUGCUCACUGCGGGUGUGAUCUUUUCGACGGUGGAUGAGCAGACGUGGGCGAUUUUGGAGUUUUAA